AUGGCGCUUGGGUUAUGGUCCUUGCCAGAAGUGGACAAAGCAUUACAAGAAAUAGUAAGGCCCGAUGAGCAUCUGUAUUCGGUAAAAGCUGAUAGCUGGCUAUGGUAUUUGCCAGAAGUGGACAAAAAAUUACAAGAAAUACUAAGAGCCGAUGAGCAUCUGUAUUCGGUAGAGGCUGAUAGAUGGCCAUGCUCUUUGCCAGAAGUGGACAAAGAAUUACAAGGAAUAGUAAGAGCCGAUGAGCAUCUGUAUUCGGUAGGGGCUGAUAGAUGGCCAUGGUCUUUGCCAGAAGUGGACAAAGAAUUCGAUGAGCAUCCGUAUUCGGUAGAGGAUCACAAGCUACUUCACAAGCGCGUAGGCGAACUGGCAGCGGUGUUAUCAUUAAAGAGAUCGAUGGACAAGCAAAGCGCGCUGGUGCGGUCCUUGGAGGCAAUGGAGUUUAACAAGACAAGCAUAAAGGACUUGUUCUCAGUGGAAAAGGAGCUGGGUAGGGGAGGCCAAGCAGUAGUCUACCAAAUCAAAAGAAAGAUUGAUGGUCACUUGUUUGCUUGCAAGUCGACUCGAAUCACAGACUAUGAUCUGAAGGAGCCCAUCGACAUUGAUCUCCCACAUGGAGAUCCGGAGGAAGCAGAACUGGAGAUCAGAGCACUCACAAGGCUGUCCAAGAGCAAGGAAAAGAGUGGUGUGGUUCAACUGGUGGACGUUUUCAAGGACAAAGAUUAUUAUCACUUUGUCAUGGAGUUGUGCAGGGGCUCACUGAAAGACGUGUUGAGUGACAAGAAGAGGCUGAGUGAGCAUGAGGCAGCCAUAGUGAUCAAAAAGGUGGCUAGGACUGUGGGCAAGAUACACGACAUGGGCAUAGCUCACAGGGACAUCAAGACUGCCAACAUCCUCCUAGGGUUUGAGGAGAAGUUGUUUGACGCUAUAAAGUUAACUGACUUUGGACUGUCUUGGGUGAGCGAGGGGCCACAAUCAUUUAAAAUGAGAGGCCAGGUCGGGACGGAGGUGUACAAUGCCCCAGAGAUGGUGGCUAACAAGGAGUAUGACGAGAUGGUGGAUGCCUGGGGUGUGGGCAUUGUCUUGUAUGAGAUCUUGUCCGGGGAGUUUAUAUUCCAGGGCGACUGGACAAACAUCAGCGUCGAAGCCAAAGAUCUCAUUCUCCAGUUGCUCCACUUAGACCCAAGAAAGAGGCUGUCAGUCCACGAAGUUGAGAAGCAUCCAUGGGUCGUCAAGCAUUCCGCGCUACAGCCAGAACUGUCCAGUUUGGUGCUGGGUAGCAAGGCCAACUUGGAGACGAAGGAGAUGUUUUUGGAGCGGAGCUUGAAGCGAAGGCGAGGUGAUCAGGAAGAAGCAGAGGAAAUUCCUGUGGCAAAAAAAGUUGUGUUUUGCAAAUCACAUCUAAUCUCAAACAGCACCAGCGCUUACAGGGAUCUCAUAGUGUUGUGGAUGUUUACAGCUUUAUGUUUUGCUUGCGUUGCUCACGGUGCUUGCACAGCAGUGCUAACUAAGCUCAGGCAGUAUCUCACAGUUCUACCGGUGGCAGCCAUAAGGACACUAUGGGUGUUGCAGUAA